CAUUUCCCCGCCUCUCUCGCUCCAUCAUGGCGGCCACCAGGAAACACAAGCGCGUGGCAGCGUCUCAGCCGGGGUUUUUGCCUUUUAAAUCGGAUCUGGAUGGUAACAGUUUGGAUAUCAAACGGCGAAAGCGCGUGAACAAAAAUAAGAAAAAGAACUGGAACAAAUACAGUGAUAUACAGGAUGUGGAGGAGUUUCUGGAAGACGUGCGGCUUCAGGAGAAAGCAGUCGGGGGGUUGAUAGCUGAAAAACCCGACGACAGUCUCUUCUUUGUGGACACUGGUGAAAAAGACAAAGAUACACAACCACAGAAGACAGUCAAGAAAGGUAAACGCUCGAAACCUUUGCGGAUAGAUCUAAUUCUUCAGCCGGAUUCCCUCAUACCUCCCCCCAAAAAUGUCUUGGCGUUCCAGCAGCCCAAUGCUAAAAAGCAGCGGCACACGGCAGAGAAAGCAGCGAAGUUGGCGGCCAUGGGAGUUGUGCCACGGAGAGAAAAGCUUCUUCAACUCCGAAGGGCCGCAGCUGCCUCUGGGCUGUCCGUUAAAGAAAAACCAGUGGCCAAUAAUAAUCCGGAAAGAGCAUUUUAUGACCUGUGGAGUGCAGGCACACCAGAGACGGCCGAUCCCUACUACCUCGAACAGACUAAGAAAAAGCUUGUCAAGAGACCAGACAGACUGAACGAGAAGCCUUCAGUUCUUCCUGCGAUUGAGGUCGUCGCUCCUGGAGCCUCAUACAACCCAGACUUCUUUUCUCACCAGGAACUGCUUCGUGAAGCCCAUGAAGUGGAGGUGAAGAAGCUGAAAGUAGAGGAAAAGUUGAAACGUCAGCUGGCUGUGAAUGAGGACGUCGCCACUAAGGAGAGCAACUUUAAAGAGCAGGUGGAGGGGUUGAUUGAAGAAGGGGAUAUUGAACCAGAAGAGCCAGAAGGGGACACCGAAGACACAGUCAUUGGGCCAACUGCAACACAGGAAAAGAAAACUGAGAAAGAGAGGAAGAAAGAGAAGGCUCAAAGGAUAAAGGAGUUGCAGAGGAAGGCAGAGCGUCAGAUGAUUGACAAGCAGCAGCAGUUAUUCCAAUUGCGAUCCAUCCAUACCGACCUGAAGAAGCAGGAGCAGAGGACCAAGAUGAGACAGGCUCAACGCAAGGCCAAACAAGAGGCGCAGAAGAGCAUGCCUCGCCGACUAGGCAGACUCAAGUUUCAGGCACCUGAUCUAGAUGUUCAGCUUAGCAAUGAGCUUGCCGGCUCUCUCCGCAGUCUAAAGCCAGAGGGCAGCAUCCUAAAAGAUCGAUUUAAGAGCUUACAGAAGAGAAACCUUAUUGAGCCCAGAGAAAGAGCCAAGUUUAAGAGGAAGUACAAGCUGAAGUACACAGAGAAGAGAGCCUUCAGGGAGAUAAAGUGAUCGCACAGAGUUGUUUCUCAGUCCUUUAUUAUGGUGUCCUAUUCAUAUUGCAAUAAGAAAAUAAAUCUGUUAUAUUCAAACAA